ACUAUAUCCGAUACCCGGACCAAAUCCUGACUCGAAAAUAUUGCGGAAAGAAGCAUGCAGCAGCAGCAGCUUCAUGCCCGCCUUAUGAAGUGUCUCUCCUGUUCUCACUCUCACCUCCCACUACCACCACCACGGCCACCGCCGUUCUAUUCCCUUCAGCGUUUUGCUUCUUCUCAACCCAAAGGACAAUGGCAGGGAACAGAAACCAAAAUGGAGCUAUGUGUUGCAAAGGUUAUUCUAAAGAAGGGUAAGACACAACUAUUCAAGGAUGGAAGCCCAAUGGUUUACAGUGGAGCAAUUGAUAGAAUAAUUGGUAGACCACCACCUAAGACUGGAGAUAUUGUGUUGGUAGCAGAUGGGACAGAGAAACCUAUUGGAUGGGGUUUGUAUAAUUCGGUUUCCAUGUUCUGUGUUCGGCUCAUGCAACUAGAAGAGGAAGCAACAAGAGAUCCUUUUUGUGCACUUGACAUGGAGAAACUUCUUGAAACAAGAAUCAAUGCAGCUGUAGAGUUACGUCGUGGAUUAGGGCUUCCUUCAGCAACUACGGAUGCAUAUCGUCUUGUCAAUAGUGAAGGAGACAGAUUGUCAGGAUUAAUUGUCGAUGUCUUUGGAGAUUUAGCAGUGGUAGCAUCAUCUGCUGCUUGGGUUGAGACAUACAAAUCAAAAGUUAAAGCAUGCAUCAGUAGCAUUGAUGAGAUUAAUCAUAUACAUUGGAGACCUUCUGUUGAAAUUUUAAAAGAAGAAGGAAUGGAUGCAGCAGAUCUGAAAGAAUUGCAUCCAUCCACUUGUCCCCAGAGAACUAAGGUUAUAGAAAAUGGAAUUUCUUAUGCAAUCUCAUUGGAGGGUCAAAAGACAGGAUUUUAUGCUGAUCAGCGGGAAAAUCGAAUGUUCUUGUCAACGAUUUCCCAUGGUCAGAGAGUUCUAGAUGUUUGCUGCUAUAGUGGUGGUUUUGCCCUAAAUGCUGCAAAAGGAGGUGCUAUGAGUAUUACCGGUGUUGAUACAUCAUUGCCUGCACUAGAGCUAGCCAGAGAAAAUAUUGCUCUCAACAAUCUGGACCCUGAAAAGACAUUUUUUUUGAGAGAAGAUGCAACUGUAUUUAUGAAGGGUGCUCUUUCUAGAAAUGACUCAUGGGAUAUAGUUAUUCUUGAUCCUCCAAAACUUGCACCAAGAAGAAAGGUUCUCCAAAGUGCUUCAGGCAUGUAUAGAAACUUAAACUCACUAGCAAUGAAAAUAACUAGAAGAGGUGGCCUUCUCAUGAGCUGUUCUUGUUCGGGAGCAAUGACUCAAAGUGGGACGUUCUUGCGCACUCUUCAGGGCGCCGCCUCGAUGGCCGAGAGAAAAAUCACAGUCCUAAGGCAGAGCGGAGCCGGCUGUGAUCAUCCCAUUGACCCAUCCUACCCAGAGGGUGCAUACCUUUCGAAUAUCCUGCUUCGAGUACUUUGACAUUUCAUUCUUUCAAAAGCAUUGCGUCAUGAUGAUGAUGAUCAUGGUGGUGAUGAUUUUGUGCUGUUUGUUAAUUAAAAAUUCUAUUACUGUGUAUUGAGAUGUUGCUGAAAUUAUACAUAGAAUUUACUGAUAGAAGCUAGCUAUCCCAGGCUUCAAAUUAGAAUGUUUUACUAUAUGAAUUAGUCAUUUCAGUACACACAUGCACACUAGUAUUUAAUUCGAGUCCGUUAAAA